UGCAUCAUACAUAAAUACAAUACCGAAGUAUGACAUUUGCUCUCCCCCGCUCCAUAUGUGAGGCAAUUUACGUGAAUUAAUAGCGGAAAAAAACACCAAAAACUGUACUCCAAUGAUAACUGGAACGUCUAAAAAGCAUCCAAGACUGGAGUGAAGGCUUGCGCGAUGAAUCAAGAGUGAAUUUCGCUGUCUGUCGACGAGUUAUAAUGGCGUGAGAUAUUGCGGAAUUUCAAAGUUUUCUCUUCCCAUCUGUCGACCCCAUCGCUAAAGUCAGUUCAUUUCGCAUUCCCUGUGCAAGAUCUUACUGAUUGCUGGCAGUUACGCUGUCUGCAUAAUAACUGAACAAGCAGCGUCAGAUCUAGCCAUUGCGAUUAGCAAGAAGCCGGGUAUAUUUUAUUAUGGCAUAUUUAAAGUUGUGUUCCGUUUGUUUGUUUGUUUGGAGCUUUGGUUGACACAUUUUUGUGAAUUUGUCGAAACAAUGCGUUUUGCUGCAUUCAGAGUCAAGGACCGUUUAUUCGGAAGGGUAAUCCUGUUAAUUUUAAUCUCUGGAAUAAUUGCGCCACUUGUGAUUUUGAAUUAUUUAAGCAAACAAACUGAAAAUGACAACUUUGCAGUUCGUUCAUUUCAAACCAGAACUAAACUCGACAAGACAUUUGGCAAAGAUGAGUUCCUUAUGGAAAGAGUGGAGGAAUUACGUGGUCAAAUCAGUGAAUUGGAAAAGAUAAAACUCUCCCUUUCCAAUGAACUCCGUGAUCUAGAAGCAAAGCGACACAGAAUACAAAGAGAAGUACAGAUAUAUGGUUCAAAAAUUGAGAGAAGCAAAACUGAGACUAGUAGAUUACAAGUGAAGGCUAAUAGGGCAAAGAGAGACUUGGAAAUACUUCAAAUGGAGCGUAAAAGGCUAAAUAAGUGCCCUCAAUUACCACAUUUGAGGCUACCCAAACCACCACCACUGUCAGUAAGAACUUUACCUAUAAUGGUGUCAAGUGCAGAUGACUCGGCAAGUUGUAACAUCGAUGACUGCUUUGAUUUUUCCAAGUGUUCCUACGGGGCAGGAUUUUCUAUCUAUGUAUAUAACCCUGAAAAGUAUACAAUUGGUGAAAGAACAGACCUUGUGUUUGAAAUUUAUGGAAUCCUACAAAAAACUGCUUAUUAUACUGAGAGAGAAGAGGAUGCAUGUAGUUUUAUUGUUCUAAUUGGCUCAUUGGGUUCAUCAUCAAGUCAUUUUAUUAGAGAACAAUUGCAGUCUUUGCCUCACUGGGGAAAGAAUGGUAGUAACCAUAUUCUGUUAAAGUUAUCAGAUCGAUAUACUCAGUCGCUAUUAUUGCUGGAAGCCAACAUGGGGUUGUCUAUACUUGCGACGUCGACAUAUCUCCCAGAUGUCCAGUAUCGCAUUGGAUUUGAUGUCAUUGUACCCCCUUUACUAGGGCCCACAUCCGGGGAGGUCUGGGCACAAGCUGGUCAGCAGUUACCAACUUUACGUAAAUAUUUCUUAACUUUUGAGGGUUCUUUUCAUUUAAGCAAUGAGGGUGCAGAGGAAGUCUCAAAAGAUGAUUUGGUAUUUCUCAGUAAAGAGUCCAGUGAUCUCUUUAUUGCGGUUGAAUGUGUGACUUAUGAUAAAAUCAGUAACAGCGCUGGUUGGAACUUGUGUGGUAGCCACAAGAAUAGGACAGUCAGACUGAAGAAGUCAACAUUCUCCCUUGUUCCUGUUGGAAAUUCAGGUUUUGUGACACAUGUGCGUCUCAUUGAGGCGCUGCAGACCGGUGCAAUUCCUGUCAUACUAGGCACCACUAAUAUGCUACCACUUGCGGAAUUCAUAGACUGGAGAUCUGUUUCCAUAACGCUAACACCUGCUCGCAUAAUGGAACUGAAUACCAUUCUUAGAACUGUGUCAUCUGAAGAUAUACACAACUUGCGUCAACAAGGGCGGUUUAUUUGGGAAACAUACCUGUCUACUACCGAAGCAGUAGUCAAUGCUUUUCUUGCUGUACAGCGAACUCGCCUUGCACUUCCGGCUAAGCCAAUUCCUUUGACACAAUCACCUACUGUCUUUGCAGCCGAUGCUAAACCGAUCAUGAACCUCCCUGAUUCAGAUGCUGUUACUGAAGUGCCAUUGCCAUCUCCUUCGUUCACAAGAAACCUCACAACCACUGUGACCUUUCAGAAGUCUGUAUGGAACCAGCCUCCAGGUGCUGUGUUUUCUCUCCCAAGUACACCAUUUGACCCCUUGCUGCCAUCCUCAGCACCAUUCCGUAAUUCCACCACAGACUUUGAGGUGAUCAAUAAAGGCCUGGGUGGGACUGGAGAAGAGUUUAGUAAAGCACAAGGUGGGAACUACCCCAAGGAACAAUUCACUGUUGUUAUGUUGACUUAUGAACGAGAGUUGGUUCUAAUGGAGGCAAUUCAAAGGCUUGUAGGGCUUUCAUAUCUAAACAAGGUGGUGAUUGUGUGGAAUAGUCCAUUGGCACCGUCUUUGAGUCUACAUUGGCCUGAUAUUGGGGUCCCAGUUCAUGUGGUCAGAACAACAAAGAACAGCCUGAAUAACCGAUUCCUCCCGUAUGAUGUGAUUGAGACAGAUGCCAUUCUGUCCAUUGAUGAUGAUGUUGAGCUGAGGCAUGAUGAGAUCCUGCUUGCUUUUAGGGUGUGGCGUGAGAACAGAGACCGUAUUGUUGGAUUCCCUGGGAGGUAUCAUGCAUGGGAUAGUGUGAGAAACAGAUGGACAUAUGUCUCCAAUCACUCAUGUGAAUUAUCGCUGAUCCUCACUGGGGCUGCAUUCAUACACAGAUACUACACAUAUUUAUUCACACACUGGAUGCAGCAGUCAAUUCGAGAGAAAAUUGAUGAAUUCAUGAAUUGUGAAGACAUCGCCAUGAAUUUUCUAGUAUCCCACAUCACAAGAAAACCUCCAAUCAAGGUGACGUCACGCUGGACGUUUGUGUGUAGCAGUUGCCCAGUCUCCCUUUGGAGCGACAAGUCACACUUUGAAGAACGACAUCAGUGCAUCAACUAUUUCGAGAAAGUCUAUGGCUACAUGCCUCUACUUCGGACCCAGUACCGCGCGGAUUCAGUGCUUUUCAAAACCAGGAUACCCAACACAGAAACAAAAUGCUUCAAGUACGUGUAAGGCUGGGGACUAGUUCCCAGUCUAGGGCUCGAAGGCUUGUAAGGGAGUUCGGUUAGCAGAAAAGAAGAAUACAUUUGUAAAGGCUGGGUUUCAUGUGGCAUAUGAAUAAUGGUAUAAUCCAAUGUGCUAACAUUUCCAAAGCGAUUUGUAAUUAGU